AUGCGAUUGAUCCUGUCGAUCUUGGCCUUUUCAUUGCCCUGUACCAUCAUCGCACAUUCAACACAUCGUCGUGAGCAUCAGGAGACCUUCUCGAAGGAUCGUCUAGAGGAGCUCCAGAAGAAAUGGGAUACCGACUGGGGGUUUUCUGGCAUCUCAACGUUCGCACAUUUGCCAUAUACUAGGUGCCUAAGUCAUCCCGAGACUUCCUUUGAUAUUGGAAUCAUUGGAGCUCCUUUUGAUACGGCCGUGAGCUAUCGGCCUGGUGCGAGGUUCGGGCCACGCGCGAUUCGAGCUGGUUCAUCUCGCCAAACAUCCUUUCGCGGAUUUAAUCCACGGGCUGGGCUUAACCCGUACACUUCAUGGGCGCGUAUCAUCGAUUGUGGUGACAUUCCAGUAACUCCAUUCGAUAAUGCCUUGGCCCUUCGCCAAAUGAGCGAAGCAUUCAUUGAACUUAGCGAACGGCCUCCGACGCCAGAAUCUCUGGAUUCUUCAUCGACUUACCAGCAUAAGCCCAAGCUGCUUACCCUAGGCGGGGACCACAGCAUUGCUCUGCCAGCUCUCCGAGCUCUCAAGAAGAUUUACAAUCAGCCAAUUGCUGUGGUGCAUUUCGAUGCACAUUUGGACACUUGGCACCCAGCCAAAUAUCCUUCGGCCUGGAUUGACCCCGACGACGAGUCCACUCCGUCCUUCUUCAACCACGGUAGCAUGUUCUGGAUUGCUGCUACUGAGGGACUGAUUGCCAACUCCUCAUCUGUUCACGCAGGUCUUCGCACCCGUUUGUCGGGGGACGAUGAAGCUGACUACACUGAUGAUUCACAACAAGGCUGGGUACGUAUUACCACGGAUGAUAUUGAUGACAUCGGCGUCAAGGGCGUCAUUUCGAAAAUCCUGGACUCGGUAGGAACUGAAGUCCCCGUCUACCUUAGCAUCGAUAUCGAUGUUAUUGAUCCUGGUCUCGCUCCAGGGACUGGAACGCCUGAGCCGGGUGGAUGGACUACGCGGGAGUUGAUUAGGAUUCUUCGAGGCAUCGAGAGCCUCAAUGUGAUAGGCGCCGACAUUGUCGAAGUCAGUCCUGCAUAUGACGGAGGCACAGAAGCUACUGCAAUGGCAGCUGCUCAGAUUGGAUUUGAAAUCUUGACUAGUAUUGUUCGACGUGGACUGAUGGACCAAGCAAAGAUUUCAGAAGUUGGAGACGAAAAGCGUCCAAAAGACGAACUCUGA